GAGUGUCUCCGUGCCGCGGCCUUGACGGAGUGAGUAGGUACUUCAAUUCAAUCUCCCGUACUUGUCAGACUCUAAAUUUUUUUAUAGUGCAUACUCUUCGGCCACGUACAUUGACUUAAUUUCCACGUACAAUGAUGUAAUUAGCACGUACAGUCUCUUUUUGUAUGUAUUCCUAUCUUGUUAGCUUCAGUCACGUACACUUGUCAUGCACGGUUGUUUUGAUUGGUAGUACGUGCUGUGUGGACUGCCACGCACACAUUGAACCACCACUGACUCCUUUGUCAUGUGCCCUCAAUGACUGACACGUACACUACACUCCUGUUCAGUGGUCUAACUGGGUGGGGAGCGACAUUUGGGUCCUCACAGUUUUCAAUUUUACGUUAUUAUCACUGCUUGGAGUUGAUUAAGCCCAAACUCAUAUAACUUGAUACACAUAGACUUAGCUGUGUCUUUAUUCAUGAAAAAGAAAACAGUUAAAUUGGGAGGUGUUCAAGGCUCGACACAAGAAGACAAAGAAAGUCGUAGCCUUGAAGAAAGUUCUCAUGGAAAAUGAAAAGGAGGGUUUCCCCAUCACUGCCCUUAGGGAGAUCAAGAUCCUGCAACAGCUCAAGCAUGACAAUGUUGUAAAGCUAAAUGAAAUCUGCCGGACAAAACCAUCUGCAUUCAACCGCUGGCGUUCCACAUUCUACCUUGUGUUUGACUUCUGUGAGCAUGAUCUGGCUGGGCUGCUGUCAAAUUACAAUGUGAAAUUCAGCCUUGGGGAGAUCAAGAAGGUGAUGCAGCAGCUCCUUGAGGGACUCUUCUACAUCCACAGCAGCAAGAUUCUCCAUAGAGACAUGAAGGCAGCAAAUGUUCUCAUCACAAAGUCCGGAACCCUCAAGCUGGCAGACUUUGGCCUUGCUCGAGCCUUCUCCCAGCGCAAUGGUCAGCCAAACAGGUACACAAAUCGCGUGGUGACCCUGUGGUACCGCCCCCCGGAGCUCCUGCUGGGGGAGAGGAACUACGGGCCGCCCAUUGAUCUAUGGGGAGCAGGGUGCAUCAUGGCCGAAAUGUGGACACGUACCCCCAUCAUGCAGGGUAGCACUGAGCAGCACCAGCUCAACCUGAUCUCCCAGCUGUGUGGUUCAAUUACCCCUGAAGUGUGGCCAGGGGUGGAGUUGCUGCCUCUUUACUCCACCAUGGAACUCCCUAAGAACCACAAGCGCAAGGUGAAGGACAGACUCAAGCCCUACGUGAGAGACCCCUAUGCUUGUGACCUCAUAGACAAGAUGCUCACCCUUGACCCAGCUAAGAGGAUGGAUGCAGAUUCUUCCUUAAACCACGACUUCUUCUGGGUGGAUCCUCUGCCGUGUGACCUGGGCAAGAUGCUGUCCCACCACACCCACAGCAUGUUUGAGUUCCUGGCACCACCGCGACGAGGGAAGCAACCACAGCAGCAGCAGCCCGCACAGCCACAGCCAUCACAAGCAGCUCACUCCUCACAGCAAUCCCAAUCCUCACAGUCUAGCCAGUCACAGCCAGGAGGGUCCAGACGGCCAGGUCACCGCUCCUCCGCCUCCGCCAGUGUAGCCAGUAUGUCCUCGUGCCCUGAGAGAAUAUUCUGAGCUGUGUUUCAGUAUUCCAGUUACUCCCUGUGUACCAGUGUUGCCUCUAUACUCUACAGUGCCCUGGUGGCUGUGGAGUUAUGGGUGUUCUUGUUUUGUAGAGGUCCUUCCCUUGCAGUAUUAUUGAGAUAGGCCUCUGUGUGUCUGAGAGCAUGUAUGGAGGUCUUGGGUCAGUGGUUACAGGAUGGAGUGUUCGUCUUGGUGCAGUGAAUUCUUGAGUAUUUUUUUUAACACUGCAUUAAGAAAGGAUUGCUUGUCUUGGCCCUGUGGAAUUUGAGUAACUGAGUGUUUGUGUCAAUGCAGUGAAGUCUUAUGGCUAUUUUGACACUACUGAAAAAGAGAUCGAUUGAUAUUUGAAUUUCCGUUUCAUCACUGAAAUCAAGUGUUAUUGUGGCACCGCUUCACUUAAGGAUUGGUUAGAAUAUUGGUGCAGUGAAAUUCAGUGUUAUGAUGCUGUACUGAGGAGGAAUUAGAUUAUUGAUUGGGUAUUUUGUAUUGGUGUUGUGGAAAUAUGAUGACAGUAACAUUACGGUCAGUGUGGAGGCGAGGGAGGUCUUGGCAAAUGAGUUAGUAUAAUGGAGUGAUGUAUUCAGUUAUUGUAUUGCUGUGAAGGACUGACCCUGUGUGUUUGGGAGACAGUGUGAGCUGCUAUGGUGAAUCCGAUUGGCUGCGUCGAUGGUAAUGUAAAUCGUUCUCUCUGAUUGAUCACUUGUCGCAAAACAAAGUACAUGUUGUUGAUAUGCAUACAAAAAAGUUGAGUACAAGAUGAAAGCAACAGGUGCAAAUGUUUUACAAAUGUUUUUCUUUCUAAGGGAUUGUUUAGUGUGAAAAGACAAAAUUUAUGCUACUUUUAGUUGUUUCUGAGCCAGCAAUGAAUGGUUCAGAGUUAUUGAAAUAAUUCUGCAUCCUGUGUUAUAUAAGGACUGUAUUCUGAAACACUUCUGCACCACACUACUACUUUCAAGAGGCUGUAAUUGAAGUGACAUAGGUUAUCAAGUGUGUAUGUAUGGUUUCAGUGACAGAUAAUCCAUAUCUCUAUAUUAUUAACAGGAGAAACACUUUUGAAAACUCAGCUAGUCACUUCUAUGAACCUUGAAAAUAGUUAUGGUGAGAGAGCAAAGCGUUCAGAACACAGACCUGAGCUGUGUGUCGUAAAGUAACUGUAUGUACAACUAAACUGUUCCGUCACGUCUGAGAGUGUGGCGUCCAACCCUUGCUUACCACUCACUGCUACUCACCCCAGCAUAGCACAGUGCAGCAAACUUCUCCCUUGGCUCAUGACGGCCAUCAGAGGAAACCAAACAUGAAGAUGGGUCAGUAGAUUUAUCACUUAAACAAGCUUAUAACAAACAGGUGGUAGUGAGUGUAGGGAAUGUCGGGGUGUUUUGUAGGUCCUGGUGAGAUUUAGUUUGUGAUCACUUCCUUGGCUAUGUCUCUCUCCCAAACUUAAAUCAAACAGGUGAGUGUAGGGAAUGUCCAGGGGCUGUCUAGGUCCUGGUGGAGAUUUAGUUUGUAUUUGCUUCCUUGGCUUUGUCUCUCUCCCAGGUUUUCAUAAUGUCACUGCCAGACUCCUCUUGUGGAAGUAAUAUAUUCAGUACCUGAUAUUUAUGUUCUGUGUUCUCUGUUUCAUUUAUUGUUUACAUGUUAUUUGAGUCUUUUUCUUAGUUUCAUUUUUAUCAGAUUUAUAUUUUUUAGUAAUGUUACCAAUCAAGUCUGUAAGAUGGAAGUUAUGUUUGCUGUAAGAUAUUGCAAAUGUUGAUCACACUUUAGCUUUACAGGUGUUGAUGAUGGGAAGGCUGGCAUAGGUGAGUUGGUGCAUUUUGGUGUUGGCAGCACUCACUCUUACUAUCAUCUUUGUGUUCACCUCUUUGUACUUGGGAACUGUGGUAGGGUAAAUAAUAAGAAUGAUGAAAAUAGCUAAGAGACAAUGGGUAAUUCAAGUAGAGUAGGGCUUCUAAUACUGUCAGAAUGCCAUCACCUGUGUUGAUAAAAGCUUACAUUCCCAAAGUCAAUUGUUCUCACAGUGUCAUCCUUCAGUAUAGCUAAGCAAGGGUUGGAUGUGUUAUGAUCUUUUUUACUAUUUCGUUUACCAAAAGAAAAUAUCUCAUGAAAAAUGCUCUAUGGUGUAAGGAGAUUUCUUUAUUAUGAAUUCCAGUGCAAUCACAAAUCCCAGCAGAUCAUAUAGCUACAUUUUUAUGUAUAUUUUUUAAUCAAGGAUUUUCUUUGAAUUUUUUUUACCUGAGUUAACGUCACCAAUUCAAAAUGUAGUCCAUAAGCAAAGUUUAUGAGGAGGAAGUUGUAGUGCGUCCAUUGGUGAGGCAAAUGGACUGCCCUUAGUACCUGAUCUAUCUGUCUUUUGUACAUGGUAAAGAUAGUUUCUUCUCCCACUAGUCAUUGGGCAGUUGGUUUAUGGCUAUGCCUCUUCAGAGUACAAAUCAUACCCUGAGAGUAACUUUAAGGCUGAGUAUAUAUAAGUAAGUUAGGGAGGACACUUAAAAUGUACAUGUGAGUAUUGGAGUUAUUUUUUUGUAGUGUGUUUAGUGAUAAUCAAGGCCGACCAAGACUCAGACUUUGGCAAUGAUGUGUCUUAAUCAGUAAAUGUUAGAUGCAUGUUUCCCCUGAAUGUCCUGCCACCCUCAGGAAGAUUGCAUCAAGGGAUUGAUCUGAAUGGGGGAUGUGUUACUCAUGCAAAGUCUCUUUGAACCAUGGCAGGAACCUCAAGGUAAACAGGAGUCUGACAUAUUACCAGUUAGGUCAGCAGGUCACUAAACUAUGAGUGUGUUUCUGUCAGCCUUGUCUGUCCUAUUACACAAGCAGGAUGGACAGGACAGCUAGUUCCUUAUGGUGCAAAGUUAUUGGGUUGUGUUCAGAAACUUUUCUAUACCACACCACUGAUUGCAAAGGCACAAGUUGAAGUUACACAGGUUUUCAAGGAUGUUUUUUGCUUUUAAUGGCUGAUUGAUAAGAUUUCUACAUUAUCAAAAGGAGAAAUGCUUGAGAACCCAGCUAAUGAUCUUUGUGGCCUUGGAAGAUGAAUGUGAGGAGAGAGCAAUGUUUCUGAAUACUGACUAUUGUAUUGAGGUGCCGUGCUGGACUGGCUAUCUUGUCGCUCUAGUAAUUUCUUCCACUCGGUCAGUUCCCUUGAGCCAGUGAGGAGGGCAGGAUGGUGGCUGUGGUGUGAGAGAGACUGCUUUGGCAUCACAUCCCCAAGUGUCAUUGUUAUUUUUGCAGCCUGUGGUGUCUCUACUUAUCUAUUUGCUUCUUUUCACCUUCAUAUAUCUUUUUUUCAGCUUUCACUUUUCUCUCCUCCUUUCUUUUCUACUUACCUUCUUUUCUCCCUCCCUUUUAUCUCUCUCUCCUCCAGUGCAUCCAUAUUUAUCAUCAGUUAUUCUUAUUCUUCUUGAAAAGGUGGUGUGAAGUUUUGAGAGCCAGCAUUCACUGUAAUACACCUCAUUCCUCUAUUCCCUCCUUCAUAAAUACUUGCCUGGUCAUGAUAUGUGCAAUAGAAAUGCUUCCUAUAUGUCACCUCUCCUUGUCUACAGUAAUGUUUUAUACUGCGUAAUCACAAUCAUAGCUGCUGUCUUUAUCUCCAACCAAACCUUACAAUGCAGAUAAAUACAUACACGUCCUCUCUUACAAAUCCAGAUAGUGUUUUUGUAUCAUUACCUUCAACUGCAAACUCUUAACUCUUUACAUGCCACAGAUAGAUACAUACACAACAUCCUUUCAUACUAAUCUCGGUACUGCUUUGUUUUUUAUCUCAAUCAUCAUCACAGCCCUCACUGUUGCCACCCUGAGCCACCACCCUGUCCUUCCCUGCCCUUCCCGCUGCUUUCCAUUAGUUUUGCUGGCCCGGCAGUGACCAGCUGUGUAGGAGAGGAUGGCCCGGUGCCUUAUCCUGUCACUCUUACUGAAAAGGAUGAUAUUGUAGAGAUUUAGAGGUUUAUUUUGUAUAUUUUGUUAUCGUUUAUCCGUCACCUUGUUUUUUUCUCUAAAGGGAUUUAUAUUUAACACUCAAAAGUAGAUUAUUAUUAUUGGGGAAGGAAUUUGGUUUAACAUGACUAUUUCUUUUCAUUUUUUUUUCUUCUCUGGUAAAGUUAAUUCUUACCGUUUGUAUAAAGAAAGAUUACGAAACAAAGUCUGAAGGAGUUCUCAUUCUUUAUAUCUGUAAAUAUCAUAGCAUAUAUAUAUAUAUAGAAGACCUAAUUAAUUUAUAUGUAUGCGUGUGCACAGAGUACAUGUGAAGAGGUGUACUGUAAUAUGUAGCAAUAAGUUGAGAGGCCAGCUUGUCCCCUUCUGGAGGGCAGCUGGCAGACCAUGUACAAAGCCUUCACAGCAACCAGUGCCCACCACACACACACACACACACACACACACACACACACACACACACACACACACACACACACACACACACACACACACACACACACACACACACACACACACACACACACACACACACACACUGCAAUUUUAUUUUUAAGACCAUGUUAGAUGAAAAAAAAGGUAGAUUCUAGAGACAUUAUAACUCCAGAUUCACUCAAAUUCUGUAUGCUAGAAGUAGGUAAAUGCACAUACUCACACACACACACACACACACACACACACACACACACACACACACACACACACACACACACACACACACACACACACACACACACACACACACACACACACACCAGAGAGGAGUUUAGCGAGUAGCGUUCCAGUGUUUUUAAGUAAUCUAUAAUUUUCUAUAUAGGAUAAGCACGGCUUUAAGUAUCUGAGGCAAAUUUGUAGGCAACACAAAAUAUUUACUACCCCACCACCACCACCACCACCACCCCAAAAUACCACACCACAUAAAGGCUGACAAUGAAUAUACAAGGUUACCAUUUUUAAGGCAUUUUAGGGAAGUUCUCUUUUACUUUUAAUCAAUAUUUCUUUCUUAAUAAAUGAUAUAACCUGA